AUGCUGCAAGAUCCGACCCGACUUUGGAUUGAAAUUGGCGAUGAAACUCAACAAUUGAAGAUUCUGACGCGACUAAAGCACAGCGUAGAAAGCUCCGGUGGUGUGUUGACUGCGCGUGAGCUGGACGUGAUUUCCGCAGUAUACAACGUAGUUGUUCGUCUCUCCGGCCUCGUGGUGGUCGAGGUCCCGGAGUGGUUCACGACAUCGGAAAUGGAGUGGGAAAAUGCCCAAGUGUCGAGGCUGAAAGGCGGAGAGGAGGAGUGCCUGCGAGCAGCUUUCAUUUGGGGCGAGCUGAACCACCCAAACAUUCGCAAGUUUUUUGGCGCGUGCCACGUUGGGAACCCGCUGAUCAUUCACGAAAAGAUUUUGCCAAUAGCGUGCAGGGGCUUUUCGUGGCAUCACAUGCUGGACGUUGCGUGUGGUCUUGCCUAUUUGCACGGCCUUGGCCUCGUUCACACAACGCUAUCAGCGUCCAAUAUCCUCUGGUCAGCACGCCAGCAUCUCGAUGGCAAUGCGGUCCUGAGUGGAAUCAAUCUAGUGCGG